CAGCUGCUUUCAACAACCGAAUAAAGCACCGUGUUUAAAUGAUACAAUCUUUGAUUUACAUUGGUUAAUCUGUGCUUAUAGGUUUUGGAUCACAAAACAAUGUGGAAGCUGAAGCUUUCAGAAGGAAAGGAGCAUUGGCUUACAAGUAUUAACAAUCAUAUUGGAAGACAAUUCUGGGAAUUUGAUCCUGAUUUUGGAACACCUGAAGAGAGAGCUCAAGUAGAAAAACUUCAGAAUCACUUCGCAAACAACAGGUUUCAAGUUAAACAAAGUUCUGAUCAUCUAAUGAGACUUCAGUUUGCAAAGGGGAAUUCAUGUGAGAUAAAGCUACCAGCAGUGAGAGUGAAAAAUGAAGAAGAAAUUACAGAGGAAGUGGUGGCUUCUACAUUGAGAAGGGCACUAAGCUUCUACUCAACCUUGCAAGCUGAAGAUGGCUUCUGGCCUUGUGAUUAUGGUGGCCCUUUGUUUCUUCUGCCGGGUCUGGUUAUUAGCUUAUAUGUGAUGGGUGCUUUGAAUGCCAUUUUGCCGGACAAGCAUCGACGAGAAAUGUGCCGUUACCUUUAUAAUCACCAGAAUGAAGAUGGGGGAUGGGGAUUACAUAUAGAGGGACGUAGCACCAUGUUCUGCACUGCUCUCUCAUAUGUGACCCUCAGAUUGCUUGGGGAAGAUGUCGACGGUGGAAAUGGUGCCAUGGAGAAUGCUAGAAAAUGGAUUCUUGAUCAUGGUGGGAUCGCUUACAUUCCUUCCUGGGGGAAGAUGUGGCUUUCAGUACUUGGAGUAUAUGAAUGGUGUGGGAAUAAUCCAUUGCCCCCAGAGAUUUGGCUUCUUCCUUACUUUUUUCCCAUACACCCAGGGAGAUUGUGGUGUCACUGUCGUAUGGUAUAUCUGCCAAUGUCGUAUUUGUAUGGGAAGGGAUUUGUGGGUCCCAUUACAGCUCUGGUUUUAUCGCUGAGAAAGGAGCUUUACACUCUUCCUUACCACCGCAUCGAUUGGGACACCGCCAGGUCACUCUGCGCCAAGGAAGACUUGUAUUAUCCACAUGGGUUGAUCCAAGACAUGCUGUGGGGUUCCCUUCGCAAGUUUGUGGAGCCGUUACUUAAAAAGUGGCCCUUCUCCAAGCUGAGGACUUGGGCUCUCAACGCUGUAAUGCAACAUAUUCAUUAUGAGGAUGAAAAUACUCAUUAUAUCUGCAUUGGACCUGUUAAUAAGGCAUUGAACAUGCUUUGCUGUUGGGUGGAAGAUCCAAAUUCAGAGGCAUUCAAGUGUCAUCUGCCAAGAAUAAAAGAUUACAUAUGGAUAGCAGAAGAUGGCAUGAAAAUGCAGGGUUACAAUGGUUCUCAAUUGUGGGAUGUUGCUUUUGCUGUUCAAGCAAUCCUUUCUACCAACCUUGGCGAAGAUUACGGUUCAACGCUGCAAAAAGCACACAAUUUCAUCAAAAAUACACAGGUUAGGAGAAACAGCUCUGGUGAUUUAAGGCAAUGGUAUCGUCAUAUUUCCAAGGGAGGAUGGCCUUUCUCCACCCCAGAUAAUGGUUGGCCAGUAUCUGAUUGUACAGCAGAAGCUCUAAAGAGUGCAAUUUUAUUAGCUGAAAUGCCAGCAGAUGUUGUGGGAGAAGCAAUACAAGCAAAUAAAUUAUUUGAUGCUGUUAAUAUAAUACUUUCAUUACAGAACAACAAUGGAGGAUUUGCAUCAUAUGAGCUCACGAGAUCAUAUGUGUGGUUAGAGAUGAUCAAUCCUGCUCAAGUAUUUGGAGAUAUCAUGAUCGAUUAUCAGUAUGUGGAAUGUACAUCAGCUGCAAUUCAAGGACUCAAAUCCUUCGCCAAACUAUAUCCUGAGCAUAGAAGCAGAGAAAUACAAGUAUGUAUUUCCAAGGCAGUUCAUUACAUUGAGACCAUACAACGACCUGACGGCUCAUGGUAUGGGUCAUGGGGUGUAUGCUUCACAUAUGGAACAUGGUUUGGAAUAAAAGGGCUCAUAGCAAGUGGGAAAAACUACUACAAUAGCAAUUGUAUAAGGAAAGCUUGUAGUUUCUUGCUAUCCAAACAACUUCCUUCUGGUGGUUGGGGAGAAAGCUAUCUUUCAAGUCAAGACAAGGUGUACACAAAUUUAAAGGACAAUAAAUCACAUAUUGUGAACACUGCAUGGGCAAUGUUAGGUCUUAUCGAAGCUGGGCAGGCCCAUAGAGAUCCAAAUCCUCUACAUCGUGCAGCGAAGGUGUUGAUCAAUUCAAUGAUGGACAUUGGUGACUUUCCACAACAGGAAAUCAUGGGAGUUUUUAACAAGAAUUGUAUGAUCAGUUACUCAAAUUAUAGGAACAUCUUCCCCAUAUGGGCUCUUGGAGAAUAUCUCAACCGUGUCUUAUUGUCUUCAAGAAGUAAAGUUUAGUUUUUUACAACAAAAUUUUUAAUGAUUUCAGUUUCUUGAAUAUCUGUGAAGCAGUUAGAUAACUACUUUCAAUACAAAUCAUUGACUUAGUGCUACAUAAUAUUUUCGAUAAGAAAGGAAGAUAAUACAAAGAUCCAAACCAUUCAUUAAUGUGGGGAAGUUUUAUUUCUAGUAAUACAGUUUAAAGUAUGAUCCAAAUAUCCUACCAGCAUAC